UUUACUUCCUACGAAACCCAUUUUCCCAAGCAGCACAUCUUCUUAUGGAUUCCUUAAUUCUUUGCUGUUCCCUGCUACUGUUUACUCCUGCAGGUGUUAUGGGUGCUAUGUUUACAUUUGUAAACAAAUGCGACUACACAGUGUGGCCAGGUAUUCUUGCUAAUGCGGGUACCCCAAUGCUUGACACCACUGGCUUCGAGCUUCCAAAGGAUACUUCCAGGUCAUUUCAAGCUCCCACCGGCUGGUCCGGUCGAUUCUGGGGCCGAACCGGUUGCAAUUUCGACGGAUCCGGUUCCGGAUCCUGUCUCACUGGCGACUGCGGCUCCGGCCACCUCGAAUGCGACGGUGCCGGAGCAUCCCCUCCGGUUACGCUAGCUGAGUUCACGCUUGGCACCGUCGGCCAAGACUUUUACGACGUCAGCCUCGUGGAUGGCUACAAUCUUCCCAUGAUCGUUGAAGGAACCGGCGGGUCGGGUCUCUGCGCUUCAACCGGGUGCACAUCGGAUCUCAGCUUGCAAUGCCCAUCGGAGUUGAAAACCGGGGACGGAAGCGCGUGCAAGAGCGCGUGUGAAGCCUUUGGUAGCCCUGAAUAUUGCUGCAGCGGCACGUAUAGUUCGCCGGCGACGUGUAGGCCCUCCGUGUACUCGGAAAUUUUCAAGUCUGCUUGCCCCAGUUCGUAUAGUUACGCUUAUGAUGAUGCUUCCAGUACCUUUACUUGUUCUGCUGCUGAUUACACUAUCACCUUCUGUCCAUCCUCUCCCAGUCAGAAAUCUUCAAGAGAUACAAAUCCAACGAGUUCAACAACAUCACAACAAGGGUCAGGGACAAGUGGAUCCGCGGGUACGGAACAGGGUGUUGGGUACUCGGUUGAUGGGUAUGGUUCAGGGUCGGGUUCAGGAUCUGGAGAUGCCAUGCUAGCAGAUGGGUCAUAUUUAGCCGGUUUGGCCAUGGGAGACUCUCCCAGGAUGUUCUCCUUCUCCAUGUUCGUCUUCUCUGUUAGCUUUUUGCUUGUUGUCUCCUUGUUAUAGCUGCACUACCGUAGUACCAUU